AUGGGGAGCCGCCGGGGCCUGGACCAGCCGCGGGCCGGCCUCUGCCUGCUCCUAGCCUCGCUGCAGCUUCUGCCUCGGACGCAGGCCGCAGACCCUGUGGACGUGCUGGAGGUCCUGGGCGUGCGGGGGAGCCAGGCUGGGGUCCCUUCCGGGCCUGGCCUCUGCCCCCAGAGAGUCCUGGAGGGCGACCGGGCAUUCAGAGUGGGCAAGGCCAGCACACUAGGUGUCCCCACGCGGGAGCUCUUUCCAGGUGGGUCCUUUCCUGAGAACUUCUCCGUGCUGAUCACUCUGCGGGGCCAGCCCACCAACCAGUCUGUGCUUCUAUCCAUUUACGACGAGGGCGGUGCCCGGCAGCUGGGCCUGGCCCUGGGGCCAGCUCUGGGCCUCCUAGGGGACUCCUUCAGCCCACUUCCUCAGCAGGUCAACCUCACAGAUGGCAGGUGGCACCGUGUGGCGGUCAGUGUGGACGGUGGGAUGGUGACCCUGGUGGCUGACUGUGAACCUCAGUCCCCCGUGUUGGGCCAGGGGCCUCGAUUCAUCAGUACAGCUGGGAUCACUGUGCUGGGGACCCAGGACUUUGGGGAGGAGACUUUUGAGGGAGAUAUUCAGGAGCUGCUGAUUAGCCCGGACCCUCAGGCUGCCUUCCAGGCCUGCGAGCAAUACCUUCCCGGCUGUGACAACCUGGACCCUACAGCCACAGGGACCCCCCAGGGUGACCCAGAAACCCCUCGCCCUCGAAGGAAAGGAAAGGGAAAAGGGAGGAAAAAAGGACGAGGUCGCAAGGGGAAAGGCAGGAAGAAGAAGAACAAGGAAACUUUGACCCCGAGUCCACCUCCUGGCUCCCCGGAGAACCAGACCUCCACUGACAUCCCGCAGACAGAGACACCAGCUCCAAUUCCGUCUCCGACGCCCACACCUUUGGUCAUCACCACGGCUGUGACUAUUGGCAACAACGUCACCAUUGCAGAGGGGGGCCUGAGCCCUGACAGCGAAACCGAACUGGGAACCCUGAAGACUGAGUUGGCCAGAGAGGACAAGGAAGGAGGUGGCCCCACCAUGGGCCCUGACUUCCGGGCAGCAGAACGGUUAUUGCAGACUCAGUUCCAGAUCCUUUCUGGUGCCGGAGAGAAGGGAGCUAAAGGAGAACCAGGCGUGAUUGAACAGGGACAGCAGUUUGAGGGACCUCCAGGAGCCCCUGGACCCCAGGGGGUGGUUGGCCCCUCAGGCCCUCCUGGCCCCCCAGGAUUCCCUGGGGACCCUGGUCCACCGGGCCCUGCUGGCCUCCCAGGAAUUCCUGGUAUUGAUGGGAUCCGGGGUCUACCAGGCACUGUCAUCAUGAUGCCGUUCCAGUAUUUAAGCGGCUCCCUCAAAGGACCCCCAGUCUCCUUCCAGCAGGCCCAGGCUCAAGCGGUACUGCAACAGGCUCAGCUCUCUAUGAAAGGCCCCCCUGGCCCAGUGGGGCUCACUGGGCGCCCAGGCCCUGUGGGCCUCCCUGGGUAUCCAGGUCUGAAAGGAGAGAUGGGAGAAAUGGGGCCACAGGGUCCCCGGGGCCUUCAGGGCCCUCUUGGGCCCCCUGGCCGAGAGGGAAAGAUGGGCCGCUCUGGAGCAGAUGGGGCUCGGGGCCUCCCAGGGGACACCGGACCUAAGGGUGAUCGAGGCUUUGAUGGCCUGCCUGGGCUGCCUGGUGAGAAGGGUCAAAGGGGUGACUUUGGCCAUGUGGGGCAACCUGGCCCCCCAGGAGAGGAUGGUGAGAAGGGAGCAGUGGGACCUCCGGGGCCCACCGGGCAGGCUGGGGAGCCGGGUCCCCGAGGACUGAUUGGCCCUAGAGGCUCCCCUGGCCCCCUGGGACGCCCGGGUGUAGUUGGAAUUGACGGUGCUCCAGGUGCCAAAGGAAAUGUGGGUCCUCCAGGAGAACCAGGCCCCCCAGGACAGCAGGGAAAUCCUGGAUCCCAGGGACUCCCUGGCCCCCAGGGACCCAUUGGCCCUCCUGGGGAGAAGGGUCCCCCUGGAAACCUAGGAAUUCCAGGCGUCCCAGGAUCUGAUGGCCCUCCGGGUCACCCAGGCCAUGAAGGUCCCACGGGAGAGAAAGGGGCCCAGGGUCCACCAGGAUCGGCAGGUCCUCCGGGCUAUCCUGGACCUCGGGGUGUAAAGGGUACCUCUGGCAACCGGGGCCACCAGGGGGAGAAAGGAGAGAAGGGAGAGGAUGGCUUCCCAGGCUUCAAGGGUGAUGCGGGGCUUAAAGGCGAUUGGGGGCAACCCGGACCCCCAGGUCCCCGAGGAGAGGAUGGUCCUGAAGGGCUGAAGGGGCAGGAGGGGCUGGCUGGCGAGGAGGGCCCUCCAGGCUCAGCUGGGGAGAAGGGCAAGCUUGGGGUACCAGGUCUCCCAGGUUACCCAGGACGUCCAGGCCCUAAGGGAUCUAUUGGCUUUCCUGGGCCCCUGGGACCAUUAGGAGAGAAAGGGAAGCGGGGGAAGGCGGGGCAGCCAGGCCUGGAAGGAGAGCGGGGACCACCAGGCUCCCGUGGAGAGAGGGGGCAACCUGGUGCCACGGGGCAGCCAGGCCCCAAGGGCGACGUGGGCCAGGACGGGGCCCCCGGGAUCCCUGGAGAAAAGGGCCUCCUGGGUCUGCAAGGCCCUCCUGGAUUCCCAGGGCCAAAGGGUCCCACUGGCCCCCAGGGAAAAGACGGGCGACCUGGGCACCCUGGACAGAGAGGAGAAUUGGGCUUCCAAGGUCAGACAGGCCCACCUGGACCAGCUGGUGUCGUGGGUCCUCAGGGAAAGACGGGAGAUGCAGGGCCUCUGGGUGAGAGGGGGCCCCCAGGCCCCCCUGGACCUCCAGGUGAACAAGGUCUUCCGGGCCUGGAAGGCAGAGAAGGGGCCAAGGGGGACUUGGGACCACUGGGACCCGUUGGAAAGGAAGGGCCCCCUGGACUCCGGGGCUUCCCUGGCCCCAAAGGAGCCCCCGGGGACCCCGGACCUACUGGGUUGAAGGGUGACAAGGGCCCCCCGGGGCCCAUCGGGGCCAACGGCCCCCCUGGGGAGCGCGGUCCUGUGGGCCCGGCAGGAGGCAUUGGGCUCCCCGGCCAGAGUGGAGGCCAAGGCCCUGUUGGCCCCGCAGGCGAGAAGGGGUCCCCGGGCGAACGUGGUCCCCCUGGCCCCACGGGCAAAGACGGGAUCCCAGGGCCCUUGGGGCUUCCAGGACCUCCUGGAGCUGUGGGGCCUUCUGGCGAGGAAGGGGACAAGGGAGAAGUGGGCGCCCCGGGUCACAAAGGAAGCAAAGGCGAUAAGGGGGAUGCGGGCCCGCCUGGACCAACAGGAAUACGGGGUCCUGCCGGAGUCCCAGGACCCCCAGGAGCAGAUGGGGCUCAGGGGCGCCGGGGACCCCCGGGCCUCUUUGGGCAGAAAGGAGAUGAUGGAGUAAGAGGCUUCGUAGGGCUGAUUGGCCCCCCUGGCCUGCAGGGGCUGCCAGGCCCUCCUGGAGAAAAAGGGGAGGUCGGAGACGUGGGGUCCAUGGGUCCCCAUGGAGCUCCAGGCCCUAGAGGUCCCCAUGGCCCCAGCGGAUCAGAGGGCCCCCCAGGGCUGCCCGGAGGAGUCGGUCAGCCAGGAGCUGUGGGUGAGAAGGGUGAGCCAGGGGAGGCUGGAGAUCCAGGACCCCCAGGGACCCCCGGCAUCCCUGGACCCAAGGGAGAAGUGGGUGAAAAGGGGGACUCAGGCCCGUCUGGGGCUGCUGGAGCCCCAGGCAAGAAAGGUCCCCCUGGAGAGGAUGGAGGCAAAGGGAACGUGGGCCCCACAGGGCUCCCAGGAGAUCUGGGACCCCCCGGAGACCCUGGAGUUUCGGGUCUAGAUGGCUCCCCAGGGGAGAAGGGAGACCCCGGUGAUGUUGGGGGACCGGGUCCACCUGGCGCUUCUGGGGAACCCGGCCCCCCUGGGCCCCCUGGUAAGAGGGGUCCGUCGGGCCGCAUGGGUCGAGAAGGCAGAGAAGGGGAGAAAGGUGCCAAGGGGGAGCCAGGUCCUGACGGGCCCCCAGGGAGGACAGGCCCAGUGGGGGCUCGAGGGCCCCCUGGGCGUGUCGGGCCUGACGGUCUUCCAGGCAUCCCCGGCCCUGUGGGUGAACCAGGCCUCCUGGGACCUCCCGGACGGAUAGGCCCUCCCGGCCCCCUGGGGCCCUCCGGCCUCCCAGGGCUGAAGGGAGAUGCCGGCCCCAAGGGGGAGAAGGGCCACAUCGGAUUAAUUGGCCUCAUCGGCCCCCCUGGCGAGGCCGGUGAGAAGGGGGAUCGGGGGUUGCCAGGCGUGCAGGGCCCCCUUGGCCCCAAGGGAGAACCUGGUCCCCCUGGUCCCGUGGGCUCUCUGGGUCACCCUGGGCCUCCGGGCGUGGCGGGUCCUGCAGGACAGAAGGGCUCAAAGGGGUCCCCGGGAUCCCUCGGUCCCCGUGGAGACACUGGACCCCCAGGCCCCCCCGGCCCCCCGGGUCCCUCUGCGGAUCUGCACGGGCUGCGCCGGCGCCGGCGCUCGGCGCCAGAGGCCCCGGAGGGCGGCCUGGAGGAGGUGCUGGCCUCGCUCACGUCGCUGAGCUUGGAGCUGGAGCAGCUGCGGCGCCCUCCGGGCACGGCGGAGCGUCCGGGCCUCGUGUGCAGCGAGCUGCACCGCAACCACCCGCAGCUGCCGGACGGGGAAUACUGGAUUGACCCCAACCAGGGCUGUGCAGGGGACGCGCUCAGGGUUUUCUGCAACUUCACGGCGGGUGGAGAGACCUGUCUUUCUCCGGAUAAGAAGUUUGAGAUGGUGAAGCUGGCCUCCUGGUCCAGGGAAAAGCCAGGAAACUGGUAUAGCACAUUCCGUCGAGGGAAGAAGUUCUCCUAUGUGGAUGCUGAUGGGUCCCCGGUAAGCGUAGUACAGCUGACUUUCCUGAAAUUGCUGAGCGCCACCGCCCGCCAGAGCUUCACAUACUCCUGCCAGAACUCGGCCGCCUGGCUGGACGAAGCUGCAGGCGACUACGGCCGCUCCCUCCGCUUCCUUGGGGCCAACGGGGAGGAGCUGUCCUUCAACCAGACGGCAGCAGCCACCAUCACCGUCCCCUACGAUGGCUGCCGGCUCCGGAAGGGACAGACGAAGACCCUCUUGGAGCUCAGCUCUACCCGAGUGGGGUUUCUGCCCCUGUGGGACGUGGCGGCCACUGACUUUGGCCAGACGAACCAGAAGUUUGGGUUUGAACUGGGCCCUGUCUGCUUUAGCAGCUGAGAACUUCGGGGGUGGGAGGGACAACGAGGGAGCCCCACACGGGGCGCAUUUGGUGCUGAGGCUUUGAAGCCACCGUAUUUAUCAUCUCCUGUGACUGUGAAGCCAGGGGAGAGUCUGCACAUUGGCCAAAAAAUAUUCCUUCUCCAUUCCAGGGGCCUGGGGGCUGGACUCUCCUGGCCCAUGAGUCCAGCCUCCCCCCACCGCACCCCAGCUGGCAUACUGUAGCCUGGCUUUUUCUCCCCUCCAUGCCCACCCAGCCCUCAAUGCCCCACCCCUGAUCCCCCAUGCAAUGAACUUCUAACUCAGAGCUGGUUAGAUGAAUACCCCCCGUGCCUGCUUCCUCCUCCUCAGUCAGUGCCCUCAACAUCUUUUGGUGCUCCCCUUCCCAAUAGUUAAGCACUGGAUGUCUCCUGAUCCCAGGCUGGGACACCUUCAUUCAUUCCUAUUUUCAGGUGGGUUCACAGAGAAGGAACUGAAGUCAGACUGCAGAGGGAAGUGGGACUUCCCUGGACUGAGCUGUGUGCUCCUUUGGCUGCCCAGCUCUGAAUAUUGUGCCCCCAUUUUCUCCCCAAACGCACCUUGCCAUGCCAGGUGGUUCGAGGACCAAGAUGGUGGGGGUGAAUCAGGAUCCUAAUGUUGCUGCCCUAUUUAUAUAUGGGUCUGUAUUAAAAAGGAAAAUCCACUUUGUGGUAUAUUUAAUCUGCUUCCUCCUUAGGGAAGGCUGGGAUAUGAUGAGAGAGAUUCUAGCAUGAUCCCCACCCCUCCGGGGCCAUAGGGCAUAAUUGGCAUCUUAAGUCUAAGAAUAAACCAGUGA